AUAUACGAGUUCUCAGCUAGUUCACAAAAGCGUACUCUACAAGUAAGAGCACAAUCCUAUACAUAACCACUUGGAUUUACUCAGUCCCAGGAAAAUGAGCAUAGCAUUGCAGCCUAAAUCUGUUAAUAUUUAAAGCUCGACGGGGCUGACUGAGAAUAAUAAGAACACAAGUGUAUACUGGGGGGGGGUGUGACAAACACUUGGCCACAAAAUGCAGGCGGUGCAGGCUGUGACACACUGAGCAAAGCGCAACUGUUUACAUUGAUUGUCUCCCCACUUCCCCUUUAAAAAACAACAACAAAAUAUUGGUUGGGGAUGUAAGCCAAGAGCUCCCGACUCCUGGGGCAGAAGAAAGACGGAACUGGCAAGGCGAGGUAUGGAGAGAUGCCGAAGGCGGGGCUGGAAAGGGCAGAGUAGGCGGCUGAGUGUGGAGCGGGAAAACCUACGGGGCUGAGAGGAGACGGUAGUCUGUCUGGCUCACGCGGCGCGGCGCCUUCAGGAUCCCUUCGCUCCCGGCCCGUGGACGGCGAAAAGAAGUUAGAUCCUUUUGCUACAGAGCACAGGACAGCCAUUGGUCAAGAACAUGGAUCAGGCUGAAGAUCAGAAAUUGGAUCCUGAAAGACCUUGGGAGAAUUACAACAAUUUGGUUAUGGAUUUACAAGUGGUUGGCACACCAGCUGCUUUCCCUCAUGCUCAUCAAAGAAUCCAUAUAGAUGAGUUUGAAUGUCCUCCCGGUAGUCACUGCAAACAUCACCUUUUCCCUAAGUGGCAUUUACCAGUGAAGACAGCACUGAUACUAUCUUUGUUAACCUUUAUCUACACUUUCCUAAGGGAUGUCAUCCAUCCUCUUGUAACUGCUCAACAAAAUGUAUUUUAUAAAAUUCCAAUCCUGGUCAUAAACAAAGUCUUACCAAUGGUUUCGAUUACCCUGCUGGCUCUGGUUUAUUUACCAGGAAUACUGGCUGCAGGUUUCCAGUUCCACUAUGGAACCAAGUAUAGACGUUUUCCACAGUGGUUGGAUACAUGGAUGUCAUCAAGAAAACAAUUCGGGCUUCUUAGCUUCUUCUUUGCCUCAGUACAUGCCUGCUAUAGCUUGUGCUAUCCAAUGAGGAGAUCCUACAAAUACAAACUCUUAAACUGGGCAUAUCAACAGGUGAAGCAGAAAAAGGAAAGUGCCUGGAUUGAACACGAUGUCUGGAGAAUGGAGAUUUAUGUGUCUCUAGGAAUUUUGGGACUUGCUAUAUUGGCUAUAUUGGCAGUAACAUCAAUUCCAUCUGUCAGCCAUUCCCUGACCUGGAGAGAGUUUCAUUACAUUCAGAGCAAGAUGGGAUAUUCAGCUCUGCUGCUAUGCACCAUUCAUGCAUUAGUAUUUGCAUGGAAUAAGUGGAUUGACAUAGGCCAGUUUUUAUGGUAUACUCCACCCACGUUUAUGAUAGCAGUUAUUCUUCCAAUUGUGGUUCUGACUUGUAAAGGUAUCCUGCUUUUGCCGUGCCUAAAGGAGAGACUACAAAAGAUCAGAUCUGGUUGUGAUGCUGACAUUGUGACAAGUAGGACACAGAUUACUUCCCGACUGUAAAUUUAAAAGUGUAUGUACUUUGCUGGCCAUAUUCAAUGUUUUUAAAAGCCCUAAAUAUGUAAUGCGACAAUCCUAUGCAUAGUCACACAGAGUAAACUGCACUGAGUUCAGUGGGGCUUACUUCUGAGUAUAUGCAUGCCUAAGAUUGGCAAAGGUUAAAAGUUCAUCUAUUUUUGACAUACCAAUGAAGUUUUCAGCGUUAUUUAAGUAUAGGUAGUUUUGUCAACAUUUACUUAAGAUUGCAAGCUUACUUCAGCAAAUGCUGAAAUGGUGCAUACAUGACAUGGGCAUUAAAACAUCAGGUGUCCCAUAUGUCAGUUUCUGAAGAAAAAAUCCCAAAGAUUUCAAUUUAAAACAAAAACAAAACAUUACCUCUUCAGGGAAAUGUAUUUCAGGGAAUGCAGUGGUCACAUUCAUGUGAGAUUAAAAAAAAUGCAAACAAUUAACUAAUGCAUAACACUUUAAAAUGCAACCUUGCCUGCAACAGCUUCUCAGUUCAUUUCAGUGGCUGAAGUAAAUGAGGCUUUCCAUGUUGAAAGGUCAUCUCAUUAACAUAAUGUGGUCUGCUAUGCAUAUGCUCAUCGUGUACAUACCCAAAUCAAGAGAUGCACCUAGAUAGCUUAAUAAUUUUAACAAUGCAGAGCCUUUUAUAGCAAGCUGAGGUCAACCUUGAGCAUGUAAGAAGCAGGUCUUGCUGGAUUAGACCAGGGUUCAUGCAGUCUUGUAUACUGAUUGCAGCAUGCAGGAUGACCUUCCUCCCCAGCAUCUGGUCUCCAUGAUAUAUGACAUUUAGCUAUCGUUACUGACAGCUGUCGAAAGAGAAUCCCUCUUUUAAAGCUAGUACCUGAGCCAGGAACUUGCUCUCAUCACAUUUUUGUGCUAGUAAAUUUCAUAAGUACAAGGGGAUGAAUCCAAUGCUCCUUCUGUUCACAAGAGAGAUUCCAAUCCAGUGGAUGCAGGGAAGGAGAGACCAUUUUCGUUAAUUUUCUCCAGCAACCUCCUGCAUCAGCUCCCACACUGUUCCAGAAAGUCCCCUAAGCCUCUGGAGCAGCUUUUCACAGGUCUGCAGGUGAAAGAGGAAUUGGCAGAAAUUGCCUCUCCCACUCCUCUUCCCCUGGGCAGAGCAUUCUAUGAAUUGGACCCCAUUCAGAGUAAAUUACAGCUCAAGAGCAAUUAGUUCUUACCCAUGAAGCUCAUUUUGUUAGUCCUGAAUAUCUGUCAGUCAGCUUCAUUAGGUGACAGCAAAUGACACUAUUACAAAAGAAUUGAUUAGCUACAUCAGUUUUAUUAUAUCACUCCUAUAAAAAUUAAUAUGUGGUGUUAAGAGGUUUUGGCAUGAAUUGAUCUGGAAUUUGUUGUGCCAUUUUCUUUUUAUGGAAGAAGACAUUUUUCCAUGGUAGAAUGAGAACUGGAUCCUUAACCAACAUUAAUUUGGAUUCUGGGGAAUUUCUUCACUUUCUUGCUCUUGGGACUCUACUCUGUCUUGUAUUUCUUAAAAUUGUGUUGUAUAUUGAAUAUUGUAAAUAAGAAUUCAAAUACUG